CCCAUUUGCGUCACUCACUCUUCACCAUCUCCAUGAUCUGAGAAUCGCCUCAAAAUCACAAUAACAGUGAUAGAAAAAUGGCUUUCAAUUUGAUUUCCUGGCUUCAUCCCAUUUCGGUUCUCAGUGUUUUGGUACUCUUUUUUUAUUCCUUUGGCCUUUUCUCUGCAAAUGAUGAAGUGGGCACAGUUGAAGGUGAAACCUUUACUGUUUCAAGCUUCAGCUACCCUGAGACUAGGCUCAGGCCCUUUGAUUUGCGCUAUAUCAGAGUUGACUUGCCGCCAUGGUUUUCUGCAAUGUCUGUAGCAUUGAACUCUGAUGUAGACCUUGAUGUCUCAAAAAUUGAGAGAGUUCCAAUGAGCACAUUGCCGAUAAUAUGCUUUAGAGAUGGAAGUCCUCCACUGCCGGAUGCCUUAAACACCUCUCUUAAAGAUUCAGCCAUCUCAGGGAUAAAUGGUCUAGAUGUGGAGCAGUGCUUUCCUAUGCAGAAAAAUAUUACCAUGAAACUGUCAAACAAUCAGAUAUCUCCAGGUGUUUGGUAUAUUGGUCUUUUCAAUGGCAUUGGACCUACAAGGACACAAUCAAAGAUGAUUAUUCGAGGUCCAUCGUACUCUUUCAUUGCCAAUGUAAGUGUGGAAGCGUGCACAAUCUCAAUAAGGAGGGGGGAUUUCUGUAACAGUACAGUUUAUCCACUUUCAUGCACAGCAUCUAAUAUCAAUAAUGCUUUGGAGGCUACUGUGAACAAGUCAACGUUGGAAAAUCCAAUGACCUGCAAAAGUAAUUUUGAAACUCUGUGUGUUCAUGAAGGUGUACCAACCUUCUUCUCCUUGGAGAUAAUGAAUGUGGCAGAAGAAUUUACCAUUACUGCAACAAAUGUCAGAUUCAAUGUUACAUCAUCAAAUAACAUUUCUGGUGCAAAUGAUUUUAGUUUAGUUUGUUUUGUUCGCCAUGGUGCAAUGCCUUCAGCAACUUUACAUGAUUAUUCUGUUGAUUUAAAUAAAAAACCCCUUGUUAUUCAUUCACCAUUAAUUGGUCGUUGGUACCUUAGUAUAGUUCUAGUCAAUCUUACAAAGACUCAUGAUAACAAUGUAAGAGUUUGCUAUUCAGUGGAAUCUCAAGUGCUUCAGUGCCUACCUGGGAAAGCUGGACCAAAUUGUACGAUGGAUAGCUACUUGCUUCAGACAUUUCUAAGAAAAGGUUCAACCCCUUUUGAAUCAUAUUAUUUACCAGUUGGUGGAGGAGCAUCUUAUGAUUCUGCCAAUUUCCCUCUCGAGUCACUUAUAAGAAACUCAUCAUACAUUGGAGAACCUGAUAACAUUUGGACUUACUUUCUUUUGGAUAUUCCUCGUGGUGCAGCUGGAGGAAAUCUUCACAUACAGCUAUCAUCAGAUGUGAAGAUCAGUUAUGAAGUUUAUGCUAGAUUUGGUGGAUUACCAUCACUUGAUAUCUGGGACUAUUAUUAUGCUAACAAGACAAAUAGAAGUGACCCAUCUAUGUUUUUCACGCUAUAUGAUUCAAGUGAUGAGAAGGUUAAUUUUUAUAUUAUGUAUGCUAGAGAAGGAACUUGGGGUUUUGGUGUAAGACAUCUUAAUACCAGCAGUGAUUCUGCAAAAGGGCAAACUAUCAUGUCUCUUUCACUUGAACGAUGCCCAAAACGAUGUUCUUCUCAUGGAGAAUGCAAAUUUUCUUUUGAUGCCAGUGAAUUGACAUCAUACAGCUUCUGCUCUUGUGAUCGAAACCAUGGGGGCUUUGACUGUAGCAUUGAAAUUGUAACACAUCAAGGGCAUGUCCGGCAAUCAAUUUUUCUUAUUAUAUCAAAUGCUGCAGCCAUACUUCCUGCCUAUUGGGCUCUUCGGCAGAAGGCAUUAGCAGAAUGGGUUUUAUACACAUCCAGUGGAAUUUCAAGUGGACUAUAUCAUGCAUGUGAUGUAGGUACCUGGUGUGCAUUGAACUAUAAUGUCUUACAGUUCAUGGACUUCUGGCUCUCUUUCGUGGCUGUGAUUAGCACUUUUCUUUAUCUAGCUACCAUUGAUGAAGUGUUUAAGAGAGCAAUCCACACAGCUAUUGCUAUCCUUACUGCCCUUAUGGCUGCUACAAAAGCAACCAGGUCUUCCAAUGUUGUUCUUGUGAUUGUGAUUGGUGCUCUUGGUCUCCUUAUUGGAUGGUUGAUAGAGAUCUCAACAAAAUAUAGGUCCCUUUCCUUUCCAAUAGGAGUCUCUCUUAAUAUCUCUCACUGUUUCCAAACUGUAAAGAGGUGGCUCUAUAAUGUUGUCAAGACACUUCUGAGACGGUACCGCUGGCCUUUUGCCUUGGUUGGUUUUGCUGCAUUGGCCAUGGCAGCAAUAAGCUGGACACUUGAAACCAGUGAAACCUACUGGUUUUGGCAUAGCUUUUGGCACAUUACAAUAUACACAUCUUCCUUCUUCUUCCUUUGUUCUAAAGUAAAUAAUGUGGAUAGUGACAAUCAGCUUUCUACAAAUGGAAACUAUGAAAUGACUCGUCAGGAUUCACUUCCAAGAAGUGGUUAGGAAAAAAAAUUGAAUAAGUGGGUGUAAAAAGGGGAGGGAGUUUGAUUGGAUUUUAAUAUUUUUUGUUUGAGGUGAGUUCAUGUGAAGGUGCACAAUAAUGUGAAGCUACCUUUAUUGAAUAGGAGGAAUAGAUAUGGCUCCUGACUUGAGUAAGAUAUCAUCCUAGCAGUGAAUUCUGAGGCCAAUAACAAUGAUCAAGCAAAGCUUUCUCUUGUAAAUUCUUUUCAGCUUAAUGUUUGUUUCUUCCAUUCUUUAUAGGGUACUUUUGCUAAGAUUGUCUCUAGGAUAAAAUAAUCAAUCUAUGGAUUACUUUUUGACAUAAGGUAA